AGCAAGCCGCCUUCAAGCAGUUCCAGUUCUUCUUUCCUCUAUAUAUCAAAGCGCAUCUUCGUUUCUUCUCCGCAGCUAUAAUUCUAAUUGCAUGAUCCGCCCACAUUGAUGGUCGAUUUUGCCAUGAAUCCCACGUCCACGGCAGAUGUCCCGCAGCAGCACAUGGCCGGCGUCGCUCGGCUCUCCCUCUCGACUACCAGCGGCUUCCUGGUCGCCGGCGUCAUCGUCGUCUUCCUUGUCUUUCUCUUCCUCCUUUUCUGCUACCUCCGUUCCAACCGCUACUGGGGCGCCAUCCCGGUCUCCGGCGCCGCCCACGCCCACUUUGCCCCAACCCCUGGCCUGCCCCGCGGCGACCAUGGCCUUGAUGCGGCCGCCUCCCUCCCUCCGCCCCUCGUGCUCCGCCCGGGGAGCUUCAAGGAGGGCCUCGAGUGCCCCGUCUGCCUCUCCGAGCUCGCCGUCUGUGAGGCGGUGCGGCUGCUGCCCAUGUGUGGCCACGCCUUUCAUCUCCACUGCAUCGACACGUGGUUCUGCGCCCACUCCACCUGCCCCCUCUGCCGCACGCCGGCAGCGCUCGAGGCGUCAGAAAUCGGCAAGUCCAGAUCUCAAUUGCUUACCUCGGCCGAAUCGAUUUCAAAUACCACCGCAAGUUCCCACCUUUGUGCGAGAAUCGGCGACUCGAAUUCACAAGAAGGAAUUUUCAGGGCUUCUUCGAGCGUAUUGCCCGUCGAGGUGGCACCAGAGGAGUCAUUGCCGGCGAGUAGGCUAACAGUAACAGAGGAGUCAGCGCCGGCGCCAAAGGCAACAUUGAGGCCGUUGCGGUGGCUUCUCGUUCGCGGGAACAGGACCGGCGGCGCUUCGGGGAGUCCGAGUGGGCGCGACGUCGAGCAAGGACGUGACCUUGCCCCGACACGUACCACCGACGAGCUCAUGAGUCUAGGCUAGAAUUGGCUUUCUUUCGAUCCAUUAAUUUCAAUUUCCUAUUUUCCGCUGUAUUAUUCACCUGUACAGAAAUAACUCCGACUUGAGUCUCGAAUCGAACUCAAAGUACGAAACCCUUUUGUGUUCGUAUUUAUUUCUCCUCUCACUCAUCUGCUGAAUGUUAAUCCCUACAUCGAGUGUCAGAUUUCCCAUUCCAUUGUCAAACAUAUGCAGCAAACAGCCAAACUGCCAUUGACA